AUGAUCAUCUUCUCGUCGCGCAGUGUACUGCUGUCAGUCUACUAUCCACAGAUCUUCCUGAUCCUGACGAGUGGCAGCUACCUGGCCCUGUCCUCGGUGGUGGCUCUGGGUGCCAACAUCAUCUGCAACAAGAUUCCCGGGCUGGCACCUCGCCAGCGGGCCAUCUGCCAGAGCCGCCCGGACGCCAUCAUUGUUGUGGGCGAAGGUGCCCAGAUGGGCAUCAAUGAAUGUCAAUAUCAGUUCCGAUAUGGACGGUGGAACUGUUCGGCGCUAGGAGAAAGGACAGUCUUCGGUCAGGAGCUGCGAGUAGGCAGUCGGGAAGCAGCGUUCACGUACGCCAUCACAGCGGCAGGGGUGGCUCACGCUAUCACAGCGGCAUGCAGUCAGGGCAACCUGAGCCAGUGUGGCUGCGAUAGGGAGAAGCAGGGGUAUUACAAUCAGGAGGAAGGCUGGAAGUGGGGAGGCUGCUCGGCUGACAUCAAGUACGGCAUUGAGUUCUCUCGCCGAUUUGUGGAUGCCCGCGAGAUUAAAAAGACCCCACGCCGCCUGAUGAACUUGCAUAACAAUGAGGCAGGAAGAAAGGUUUUAGAAGAAAGGAUGAAGCUGGAGUGCAAGUGCCACGGCGUCUCAGGUUCCUGCACCACCAAGACCUGUUGGACUACACUUCCCAAAUUCCGUGAGAUUGGCUACGUACUCAAGGACAAGUACAAUGAAGCUGUGCAUGUGGAGGUAGUCCGGGCUAGCCGACUGCGACAGCCCACCCACCUCAAGGUGAAGCAGACUCAGGGCUACCGCAAGCCCAUGGAGACAGACCUCGUCUACAUCGAGAGGUCGCCCAACUACUGCGAGGAGGACGCAGCCACGGGGAGCGUGGGCACACAGGGACGCCUGUGCAACCGCACCUCGCCACAUACAGAUGGCUGCGACCUCAUGUGCUGCGGUCGGGGCUACAAUACACACCAGUACACCAAAGUGUGGCAGUGCAAUUGUAAGUUCCAAUGGUGCUGCUUCGUCAAGUGCAACACAUGCAGUGAGAGGACGGAGGUGUUUACCUGCAAAUAA